UUUUGAGUUCACAAGAGAGUUUAUCAGAUGGAAGUCAGUUUAAUAAUGAUAAUUUUGACUUUACAGCUUCGUAUGAGUUGAAUAGCACUUCAAAUAUAUUGAGUAGAAGUGACCAUCUUAUUAAUGACGAUUUUAGCUCUACUGCUUCACAUACAUUGAAUAGUGCUUCAGAUAUAUUGAGUAGCAGUGAUCAACUUAUUAAUGAUGAUUUCAAAUACAGUUUUUCUACAACUUCAGAUGCAUCGAGUAGCACCUCAGACACGAUAAGUACUAGUGACUAA